AUGAGUAAGCCUGAAGACCUGGACAUUGCAGACUGGCUUUCUGCCAUCCAUCUUGAAAGGUACCAGAACAGCUUUAGGCAGCAUGGGUACCAUAGAGUCAAAGAUAUCCUUUCUGUGGACAAUGAUGUUCUCCAGAAAAUUGGUGUCGGAGCAACUGGCCAUAGAAAAAGAAUCAUGAGUCGACUGCGUCACAUUUCUGGAGAAUCAAACUCAUUACCAACUUUUCGGAACAUUGAGAAGACUGACUCCCAGGAAUAUUCCCACAUAUCUCAAAAUGAUGAUAACAUUAUUAAAAAUACCAGCAAUGAAAAAUUAGGUGAUUCGGAGUCGGUUAUCAAACCAGUGCCGAAACCUAGGACAGUAUUUAGUAAAUACAAUGCAAAUGCUACAACAGCAGCAAGCAUAUCAGCCAUUCAAUCACCUGUUUCUUUAGACAAUUAUUCAAAUGUCGCUAGAAGGUCUUCUUUUCAGGAAACAGUUGUUCCAAGGGGAAACAACUUAGAUACAGAGAACUGUAAUUCAUGUAUGGAGCCAAAGCCAGGAGGGGUGGAGCUGGAGGCUGGGGUUCCUAAGACUACAUCCGCUGAGGCUGGGAAACCAUUUCAUCCCAUUCCUUCUCUGCCUAUGCGUCAGAACAAAGAAAGUCUACAGCCUGGAUCCUCUUACCAGCAACACAAGACUCAGAUGGAAGCGGAUACUAUACAGUGUUCCCCGUUAUCGAGUCUGUCUUCCUUUGCUGGAAAUGAAGAGGAAGUCACCUCCUUUUCAACCAAUCCUUCUUCUCCACAGGAAACACUAACAAUUAUAUCCAAUGAAAUCUAUUCUGGGUUUGGUUCCAGGACUGGCUGUGUCAGCUGUGCCCCAGACACUGAAGCCCCACAAAUACAUAUAAACUCCCCUGACAUGAUUAAGCAAGAAACAACAUCAACACAAGAGCGAAAGAAUUGCCCAGGUUCUUCGGAAGCUGCAUUGCCCGUGGUUCCAGAAAGACCCGUCUCUAGUUUAGUAACAGCUGAAGAAAUCAACCCUUACUGUGAAACCGUCUUCAACCGAAUCUCUCACACUCAGGAACCAAAGGAUAACAAGAAUGGCAAAAUACGAACAUGUUCCACCAUGCCAAUGUUUACACCUGGUGAGGAAAGAUGUCAUUCCUGGAAUUCUGGCGAUGCACCAAUGGAGAAGAAGAGUGAGGUUGAAGAUGGGAAAGCACAGCGAAUCACACAGAUUGUGCACAAUGACCAGGAAGGUUACGCCACUGUGGACUCUCCAGUGGAUGACAAAAGGUUCAGCCUCCCCUCUCACCUGUACCCAGAUGAAAUAACAGAGGACAUGACCAUAUCACCCUACGCUAGCUUCACUUCCAUGUAUGACAAGUCAAGGCCAGUGCUAGUUGGAUGGCUGGAUAAGCUGUCCCCACAAGGGAACUAUGUUUUCCAGAGAAGAUUUGUAAAAUUUGAUGGAAAUAAUCUGAUGUAUUUCAGUAGUGAUAAGGACAUAUAUUCUAAAGGUGUGAUACCCCUGGCCUCCAUUGAAAUGGCCCGCUCAACAAAGGAAAACAAAUUUGAAGUGGUCACCAAACACAGGAUUUUUGUCUUCCGAGCUGAGAGUGAAGCUCAAAGAAGUGAAUGGUGCUCAACGAUCCAAAACAAGGUGAAAGAACAGCGCAUGUUUAAUCCUCGCUCACGCUCAAGCUGUCUUCUCUUCGGUCAGAGGUUCGGCUAUCUGGAGCUCAAAGGUUAUAAGUCAAAAAUCUAUGCUGUUCUUACUACGGAUCAAUUAUGGAUUCAUAAGAAUGAACAGUUUUACAAAAUGGGAAUGGGGAUGUUUGUGAUCGAUAUGAAUGGCUCUACUAUCCGAGACGCAAAGAACAAGACAUUUGAAUUGAUCACGCCACAUAAAACCUUCAGUUUCACUGCAGAGUCAGAGAGGGAGAAGAAGGAAUGGAUGGAAGCCCUGUUGGAAUGUAUAUCUGAGUCCCUGUCAGACUAUGAGGUCGCUGAGAAGAUCUGGUCAAACAAAGCCAACAAGUCAUGUGCAGACUGCCGAACCUGCAGCCCAGACUGGGCCUCCAUUAACCUGUGUGUAAUCAUAUGCAAGCAGUGUGCGGGUCAGCACAGGAGCUUGGGAACGAACAUCUCCAAAGUGCAGAGUCUGAAACUAGACACAAGCAUCUGGAGCAAUGAGAUUGUACAGCUAUUUAUUAUCCUGGGUAAUGAUCGAGCAAACCGGUUCUGGGCUGCACGGCUUCCACCAUCAGAGGCACUUCAUCCGGAAGACAGUAUUGAACAAAGACGAGACUUUAUAGCACACAAGUACAGAGAUGGGAAAUAUAGAGGUCCUCACCCCAGCCACAGCACACAAGAGGACAUUCUCAAGGUGCUCUCUGGUGCUGUUUCAGGACCAAACUUGCUAAAGACAGUCAUGCAGUUCUUCCUCGAUGCUGAAUCUGUAGCCGAGCCAUUUGACAGCCCUACUCUCUCUGCCUACUCAGCGGACAACUGGAGGGCAAGCUCAUACAGCCUCAACACUGAAGGACUCUUUCAAGAUGACUCAAACGAAGGAAGAGUGUAUGAUGAGAUCAUGCAGCCCGUGGUGCAUUCUGGGUACUUGAACAAGGCUGCUGUUUUGAGCAAAACAUUUACAGCCAAGAAAACAAAAGACGACUACCAUAAACACUGGUGUGUCCUGGAAAGAUCCCUCUUAUUUUAUGAGAAUGACAAAAGCACAGAACUGGUUGGGAAGAUUGGUCCAUCAGAAGUGGUUUGCUUAGGAGUGAACAAACUCGACGUCUUGAGCAGCCCAGCACCCAUGGAAAGGUUUCGGUACAUAUUUGAAAUUUUCUUGGCUUCUGAAAAAGUGCACCAGUUUGGGACUGAUGCUGCUGAGACACUGCAGACAUGGACAAGUGCCAUAGGAAAGUGGUUCACCCCAAUCAGCUGCCACUGUCUGCUAGUAUAUGAGUUCCAGCGAGUGGGUAAGAUGCGCUACAAAGCAAUGCUGAACCCAGAUCAGUGGAAGGAAGGCUUCUUUCUGUUACAGAAAAGUCAUCUUUUUAUCUGUCCAGAGGAACAGAAUGCAGCAGAAGACAGUGUCAAUUUGCGUAGUCUCCAGGAGCUCACUGUAUCACCAGCAGCGGAAAAUUCUGAGAAGAAAGAUAUAUUAAUACUGGUAGAAAAAGGAAGGACCCUGUAUUUGCAGGGUUUCACAAGGGCAGAUUUCUUGGCAUGGAGUUCAGAUAUCCAGACAGCAGCAUGCAGUGGUGGCAACAUGUUACGUGACCAGCAACUUAGUAGGAAUGACAUUCCCAUCAUUGUGGACAGCUGCAUUGCGUUUCUCACUCAGUACGGUCUCCGCCACGAGGGGAUAUAUAGAAAAAAUGGAGCCAAAUCUCGGAUUAAACUGCUGAUGGACGAGUUCCGAAAAGAUGCCCGAAACGUCAAACUCCGCAUCAGCGACAAUUUCGUUGAGGAUGUCACAGAUGUGUUGAAGAGGUUUUUCAGGGAGCUGGAUGAUCCUAUUUUCACAACAGAGCGCCAUCCGCAGUGGAGAGAAGCUGCAGAACAUCAAGAAAGGUCAAAGAGGCUAGAAAAAUACAUGGAGCUGAUUGACCACCUUCCUAAAGUCAAUCGAGCUACACUGGCUGCCCUGAUUGGUCACCUCUACCGGGUCCAAAAAUGUGCAGACCUAAACCAGAUGUGCACCAAGAAUCUUUCACUUUUGUUUGCUCCGAGCUUGUUCCAAACAGAGGGCAAAGGAGAACAUGAAGUGAAGAUAAUGGAGGAUUUGAUUGACAAUUAUCCUAGUGUUUUCUAUAUUGAUGAAGAGCAGGUGACACAAAUGGAUUUGGAAAACAGCCUAAUCACCUCCUGGAAAGAUGUACAGCUGUCACAAGCCGGAGAUCUCAUUAUUGAGGUUUACUUGGAAAGGAAAGAACAAGACUGCUGUGUCACUUUAAAGGUCUCUCCUAUAAUGACUGCAGAAGAACUGACCAAUCAGGUUUUGGACAUGAGGAAUAUUCCAGCCAGCACAGACAUCUGGUUGACCUUUGAAGUUUUUGAAAAUGGUGAACUGGAGAGACCAUUACAUCCCAAGGAGAGAGUCCUAGAGCAAGCCCUGCAGUGGUGCAAGCUGGCAGAGCCUAGCUCUGCUUACCUGCUUGUGAAGAAGAUUUCAUUUGCUGAAGGAAGCUGUCUGUUUACAGGUACAAAGAGAGAAACCCCAAAAUGUGGCUUGUUGAAAUGCAGAGAAGAGACCCCAAAGCUGCUGGCCAGCAAAUUUCAGGAGAGAUAUUUUGUUAUCAAGGAUCGCAAACUUCUUCUGCUUAAAGAGAAAAAGAGUUCCAAACCAGAAAGAGAGUGGACUCUUGAAACUGCCAAGGUUUACAUGGGAAUUAGAAAGAAAGUGAAACCGCCAACUCCAUGGGGCUUCACUAUACACUUGGAUAAACAGCAGUUGUGCCUAUGCUGCAUAACACAGGCAGAGAUGUGGGACUGGAUCACUAGUAUUCUUAAGGCACAGCAUGAUGACCUCCGCCCAGUGAUUUUAAGGCGCCAUUCCUCCUCUGAUGUAACCAAGCAAAAAUUUGGCACAAUGCCUUUAGUUCCGAUUCGUGGUGAUGACACCAACUCUACCAUGGUGACAGCUAAUCAGACACUGCGUCGUCUCCAUACAAGACGGACUCUGUCAAUGUUCUUUCCUAUGAAGAUGCAUCAAGAUUCUCUAGAAGAGCUUCAGGAAAUCCAAGAUGAUGAGCAUGAGCCUGUGUAUGAAGAAGUAGGAAAUUUUCACUGCAUACUAUCAACAGAACGAGUCCAUCUGCCUCUCCUCCUGGACCGGACAAAAAAGCCUGUAUUAAACUCAAAUCAAAACCAGAUAAAGGCGACUACAUCGCUCCCAACAAAACCCAGUUCCCCAGAGAGGACCGACAGAGAGCAUUAUAACAAGACUCAUUCUCUAGACAGAAACAUCUGUGUAGAAAAUUUGAAGACUUUCCCAAGUGAUAGCAAUAAAUCAGUCAUGGCAGACAGAGGUGCCGGUCCUAGCAUCACAAAAUCAAAUUCCCUAGAAAGGCAGGUGGAGCCAAAUCGAACUCCACUAGGUACUACAAGAACACAGGGUGGAAAAAGCACACUCGACCUGAGCACAUUACCACUGUUUUUUGAGCCAACAGCCCCUUCAGACUCACCAAAGGUUCCGGUGUGGAAGAAAACCUUGCCUCUUGCUAUGAAUAUGCAAGAUAAGCUGGUCCAGGAGCUCAACUCCAUGCUUAAUAAGAAAAAUGAAACUGGCUCAGGAGCAGGUCAGCAAGUGACGUGACCUAGUAUGUCCCUAUCCUAUGAAUUAUCUUCAGUCUUGAACUCUGGCAUGGCACUCUGUUGUAUAUUGAUUUGAAAUAUGAACGUGAGUCCAGAUGAAAACUGUAACCAUGAGCUAACAUGGCACUAUGAAGUCAUUGGCUUUUAGCUUUGAUAUGUCCUAAAUGUAAACUAAAUAUUCUUUGUACAAAGAUAUUCAUCUUUAGAUCAGUACCAUGCUUCAGCACAUUGCUACUCAAUAUCCAUUCCCAUUAUUGUAUAAAGUCAAUGAUGUGUUAAAACUAUUUAAUUCUUGUGACUAUUAAGUUAUAUAUAUUUUAUUAAGGUAAAGUUGCCGGAAUAAUAGUUAUGCCAUUUGGAUGU